AUGCCCUCUGCAGUCCCCAAGCCCACCCUCUUUCCUGCACAGACACCAGAGACUUUGCUGGCUUUCCAGUUCUCCUCCUGGUACCCUCGGUUCUCGAGUCUCAGCAUCAAGUCCACUGUCAUCCGCCCCCUCAGUCAGGAGUUCCGCGAAUACCUCGACUCGGACGGCGUCUUCGUUCCGGAAGGCGCGGAAGGAGUGCCAGCUGAAAGCACGCUUUCGGACGACGAAGACUCCGGCGCAGACUCCGAUGAAGACGACCAGGACCGACGCCGCUAUGCGUUCCCGGAACUAGAUGCCAAGAUCAGGGAUUCUGUAGCAAAGUAUGGUGCCGUCUUCCCCAAGCUAAACUUCUCGUCCCCUCGAGACGCUGCAUGGAUUUUACCGGCGUCUUCACCCCUCAAGUGCAUGUCCCCAGCGGAUGUGUAUCUCUUACUCAAAUCGUCAGACUUUGUUCAGCAUGAUCUUGACACAGAACGUGUGUUCGACAGCUGCGAUCCUAAAGCCAUACAGAGCCUUAGCCCAAGCUACGAACUGGAGCUUGUCCUGCGGAAAUGGUACCCUGUGGAUCGGAGCCGGGAGCUCAGAUGUUUUGUCCGCCAGGAAGUGUUGAUAGGGAUUUCGCACCGCGAUCCCAACUAUUAUGACUUCUGGAACGAAGUCACGACACAAGACAAAGUGAUUCAGGCAAUGGCAGAUUUCUGGGAGGCCAACAUCAAAGGCAAAUGGCAGGAGACAAAUGGCGACUACACCUUCGACGUGCUGCUCACACGCGACCUUACACGAGGGCACAUCGUCGAUUUCAACCCGUACGCACCGCGCACGGAUCCGCUCCUCUUCACAUAUGAGGAACUGCAUGAUUACCUGCUCUCGUGCGGGGCAGCCCCGACGCGGCUGCCUAUACUGCGCGUUGUGGACUCGCCGAGCCACCCUGCCGCCACGCGCAAUGCGCCUGCGCACCAGCAUAACAUGGUCCCCUUUGAGGCGCUGGCGAUGAGUGACGGGCGGAGUGUGGAUGAAUUUGCAGGGGCGCUGCAGGAGGAGAUCCGGAAUCUAAUGCUAGAGAGAGACAAUGCCUGA